GAGGCCCCUCCGAGGGCCGCAAGCUCGGCCGCGGCGGGCGCCGCCGCGGCAAGCGGCGCCGCCGCAGCCUCGCGGCCGCCUCGCGACCUGCCGCCGCCCCAGCCGGCGGCGGCCGCGGAGCCAGCGGGGAGGCCCGUCGAGGGAGGACCCGUCGCGCCGAGGGGACACUGGCUCGACGCGAUGCGCAACGCCCCGGACCAGGAGAAGAGGCGACAGCAGCUGCUCAUGGCCGCGACGGCGCGAGCAAAACCGGCGUGCUGUAGCGCCGUCGGCUCCCUGCGAGAAGAGCUCCAGGCAGCGGUGCCGCGCUGGGGGCCCGCAGAGCUGGACAGCACGGAGGAGAAGCUCAGACACAUCGAGAUCAUCACGGCCGACGAGUUGUUUGAGCAGCUCCGCACCGAAGGCAUCCAGCGGCUGA